AUGUACGCCAGUUGGCAGAAAGAUCCAUGCUUAGUCGAUGCAUCUUGGAAAAUGUAUUUUGAGGCUAUAGAAAACGGCAAGACACCACCUGCACAUCUAUUCCAGCCAUCAGAAGCCUCGCUCGUGCUGUCACCUAACUUCUCCCCCUUACUCCCAGGCUUGACCAAACCCCAAUCCACGAGAAUUCCGUCAUCAAACGAUGAUCAGGCGAAGGUAGAACGCCUAGUUCGAGCAUAUCGGGAUCAUGGCCACAAAGCAGCAAAAUCAAAUCCCUUGGAAACUUCGAAUACAAGGCAAUCGCCAUCCGAGCUCGAGCUGGCAUUCAACGGCUUGACGGAGGCAGAUUUGGAUCGAUCAUUUGGGUUGGGAUCUGAAGUACUGCCCGAGUUUCAGUUCUCUGUCGGGAAGCAGGCCACACUUCGUGAAAUCCUUGAGAUCUGCAGAGACACAUACUGUGGCUCAAUUGGCGCCGAAUACUCGCACCUUGCUACACCUGAAGAGCGCGAUUGGAUUCGUGCGAGGAUCGAGACUCCCAUUCCCUACAAAUUCUCAGUGGAGGAGAAGAAGACCAUUCUUGAUCGAUUAAUAUGGUCCACCAAUUUCGAAAAGUUCCUCGCUACCAAGUUUCCGAAUGCCAAAAGAUUCGGACUUGAAGGUGUCGAAAGCCAACUUCCAGCGGUGAAAGCAGUCAUUGACACAAGUGCGGAGCAUGGCGUGCACAACAUCAUAUUCCCAUGCUGCCACCGUGGAAAAUUAAACAUGCUCAGCAAUGUGACGCGAAAGCCGAAUGAGCUGAUUUUCAACGAGUUCCUGGGCGAAAUGAAAUCCCGUCCUGACAUUCCGGGAGACGUCAAGUAUCACCUCGGGAUGAAUCACGACCGCAAAACUCCUUCCGGAAAGACCGUCAAUAUCUCGAUUCUACCAAACCCAUCUCACUUGGAAGCACAGAAUCCCGUUGCUCAAGGUAUGGCCCGAGCUGUCCAGCAGCAGAAUGGAGGAGACAAAAAAUCAACUAUGGUGUUCAACAGCCAUACCGACGCCUCGUUUUCAGGACAGGGUGUGAUCUAUGAAACUCUAGGACUGUCCGGUCUGGAAUCAUAUGAGACUGGAGGAACUGUCCAUUUGAUUGUCAACAAUCAAGUUGGAUUUACUACCGAUCCAAAGUCUUCCCGGACAUCGUCUAAUGUAUCCGAUAUCGCGAAGAGCAUCGAUGCUCCCAUCUUCCAUGUCAACGCUGAUGAUGUUGAAGCGGUGGUCUUUGCAUCGCAAUUAGCAGCGAGUUAUCGAGCAAUGUUUGCAAAGGAUGUUUGGAUCGAUCUGAUCUGCUAUCGGAAGAACGGACACAAUGAGAUGGAUCAACCAUCCUUUACCCAGCCAUUGAUGUAUGAGGAGAUUGCCAAAAAGACACCGCAUUUGAAGCUCUAUAUUGAAAAGCUGCUACAAGAGGGAGUAGUAACUCGCAAGGAAGUCUCGCAGAUGGAAUGUGCGGUUUGGAAUAAACUGAGCGAAAGCCUCGACAACAGAAAGAGCAUGCAACCUAUCGAUCGCGAAUUUCUCACUGAGCAGUGGAAAAGUCUCAAAAUGCCGGAUGAAGUUUCCCGAGAGACUUAUCCCGAGCAACCGACAUCGAUCACCCAGGACGUCGUCGACACCGUCGCCACCAAAAUGGGUGUUCCUGAGAAGCCUUUCAGUGUACACAAGAGUCUGAACAGAAUCCUCCAAAAAAGACAAGAAAGUUUCAGCGACGAGCAAGGUAUGGACUGGGCGACAGCAGAAGCCCUGGCAAUGGGGAGUCUCUGUCUAGAAGGACACCAUGUACGGGUUUCAGGCCAGGAUGUUGAGCGAGGCACGUUCUCCCAGCGCCAUGCCGUGCUUCAUGACCAAAACGACGCCUCAAAGCUUGUCCCUCUUGACUUACUCAGUCCAGAUCAAGCUCGAUUCACGAUUGGAAACUCUUCUUUGAGUGAAUUCGGAGUUAUGGGUUUCGAUUAUGGAUAUUCUUGCAUGCAUCCUAACGCCUUGGUGAUGUGGGAAGCCCAAUUCGGAGACUUCGCAAACAACGCUCAGUGUAUCAUUGAUUUGUUUAUUUCAUCUGGCGAAGACAAAUGGCUACUGCGAUCUGGGCUUGUUCUGUCCCUUCCCCAUGGAUUUGAUGGCCAAGGGUCCGAGCAUUCAUCUGCUCGCAUGGAAAGAUUUUUGCAAUUGUGCAACGAAGAUGCUCGCUAUUAUCCAUCGCCAGAAAAGUUGGAGAGACAGCACCAGGAUGCCAAUAUUCAAGUUGUUUGCAUGACAUCGCCCGCGAACUUGUUCCACGUGUUGAGACGACAGCUUCACCGCGAGUUCAGGAAACCAUUGAUAAUUUUCUUUUCGAAAUCUCUCCUGCGUAACCCAAUGGUCAAGUCGAAGGUCACGGACUGUAUGGGAGACUCAAGAUUCCAGCCUGUGAUCCCUGAUCCAAGCCACGGAGUCUCUAUCGCCGAGCCAUCUGGGAUCAAACGGGUGAUCUACUGUACAGGGCAAGUCUACAUGGCUCUGGCGAAUUACCGUGAAGCCCACAACAUAACCGACACGGCCAUUACUCGCAUCGAGCAGCUCCAUCCCUUCCCUUGGCAGCAGGUGAAAGAGAACCUUAGCCAGUAUCCAGGAGCCUCCGACAUUGUUUGGUGCCAAGAAGAGUCUCUGAACGAUGGACCAUGGGCGUUUGCGCGGACCCGAUUAGAAACUAUUUUCGAUACAACGGAUCAACACAAAGGGCGACGGGUGCGGUUUGCCGGACGACAAGUGACGUCAAGUGUUGCUACCGGCUUUGUGAAGGAGCAUCAUGCCCAAGAGCGUGCUCUAUUGAAAGAUGCAUUUGGUGGUGAUGACGACCGGGCAAUUUCUGUCUAA